AUGCGACAUCGCGGUAAGAAGCCGUGGUCGCGUUUUGGUGUUUGUUGUUAUUGUGCUUGGUCCCUUGUAAUGCUUUUUUUUGGCCGAGCGAGUCGGGGUUUGCCUGCCUUAUGGGGACGGGCUCGACUAGGUUUGCACAAGCAUAAGCGACGGGCCGGAAGAGGCCCGUUGCUUGGGUUGGUGGGACACAGAAAAACGUUUGGCGGUGCGUCGAAGGUGUGGCAUAUCGACCAAGUACGAUUUUCUGAAACGGCUAUUGUAUUUUAA